GCGGAAGUACAUGAGAUUGUCGCACUCGCUCAUUGGUCUGUCCCAGAAUGAAGGUGGAAAUCUUGCUGUUGCCUGACCCACGUCUCACGGGGCACAUCAAUACGACUGUACCUCUACCAAAACCUCCUUCGAGUCUUAACCAAAACAGACCAUGGUACUCUGGGCAGAUUCGGCAUUCAAGCGUGCCGUUCAUAUGGCGAAACUGAAGGAAGUAACGUAGACUGCUGAUUCAGAUCCAGAGCAAAGGAGGAAACGGCUUCAGAUGAAAAUUGCUCUUAUCAGUCUUCAUUAGCCCAGUCGCAACGCACAGGCCGGUUGUUUAUGUUCCAGAGCUGAGCGAGAGAAGAGGAAGGAAGCUAAGACAGGAGACGAGAGCUUUCCACUCAACGUCCUAGGAUUCUAUUGGUUCGAAAUCCUAUUUUCUCCUCAGUGAAUCAACCUGCUGCAAGGCUGCUGACCCAGUUUCACCUGUGCGGUGACACGGUGACACAGUGACGGGCGUCCUGACGCGGACUCAUGUGAACGACAGUUGCUCAUGCGAGUUCGUGACAUGCUGUGGCCUGGCAGCAGACUUGCGCCAACAGGUGUAAUACUAACAGAAGAGAGACCGAGGUGUGACGCAUCCCAAAACUGCCUCCAGUUUUCGUUCCCUUGUAACUGCCGCCUCCCGAGUCAGGAGGAGCGCCUAUCUGUUUGGAAUGCGGAUCCUGAGUAAUAAAUGAUUCCGGCUGUCAGCCCUGAGGUGCGUGGACUCGGAGAAAAAUGUCCUCAUCCUGGAGGAACCCGUUCCAGUGGAACGUUCUCCUGUUCCCAAGGCCACAUCUGCUCCUGCUGCUGACUCUGAUCAGCCUCUGCAGCCUCGCGCCUGCCUCAGCGGGGUUGUGUCGGGUGACGGGUGGCGUGCUGGGCAUCCACUGGAGCAGCGUGGUGGGCCUGGGCUGGCGCCCCCUGGCGGUGGGUCACGGCGGGCCGCAGUGCUGGGAGUCCUGCUGCCUGGAGCCGGCGUGCGGCGCCGUGUGGACGCUGGGCGGCCGCUGCGUGCUGCUGAGCUGCUCGCGGCCCCCGUCACCCGGCUGCUCCAUCACCUCGCUGCCCCAGCCCCACCACGAGUCCCUCGGCCUCCUGCAGCAGCUCAGCAAGGCCACCGGCGGGGCGCACCGGAGACGACGGAGGCUACGCCGCGCCACGGCCACCGCCGGACACGGCAACGACACACACACGCAGCAUGUUUCUAGUGGUCAGGCCGCUAACCCCCUGGAUCCGGUCACUCCGGCCAGCGGUGUCGCUCUCCCACAGACGGCCAAUAGGAGCCAGGACCAGCCGGCCAAUGGGAGCGUCCGUGCGUCCGUGCCGCCGCCUCCUCCCGCUCAGCAGAACUCGUCUUCCUCGUCUGCCGCCACGGCAACGGCAGCGCCCCCCUCCAGUAGCAAUGCCAGCGAGCCCGUGCCCAGCUCCUCCCCCAAACUGCAGCCCACGCCAGCACCCACUCAGGCUGUGCGGGAGCUGGUGGUGUCCGCUGGGAACAGCGUGGAGGUCACUCUGCCACGGAGCGAAGUGGAGCUCAACGCCUUUGUGGUGCCGGACCCUCCCCCAGGUACCAGCUACAGCUUUGACUGGCGCUUGAAGACACAUCCCAAAGACUACAGUGGGGAGAUGGAGGGCAAACGCAGCAAGACCCUCAAGCUCAGCAAGCUGACAGUGGGGCAUUAUGAAUUUGAGGUGAUCGUUGACGGCGAUGGAGCUCAUGGGGAAGGCUACGUCAAUGUCACGGUCAAACCAGAGCCCCGUGUCAAUAAACCACCGGUUGCUGUGGUUUCCCCAAAGUUCCAGGAGAUAUCCUUGCCGACCAGCUCCACGGUGAUCGACGGCAGCCAGAGCACGGAUGAUGAGCGCAUCGUCAAGUGGCACUGGGAGGAGGUCAAGGGUCCCCUCAGGGAGGAGAAGGUCUCUGCCGACACAGACAUCCUCACCCUCACCAACCUGGUCCCGGGGAACUACACCUUCAGCCUGACGGUGACCGACUCUGACCACGCCCAGAGCUCCACCCAGGCCAUGCUGCUGGUCCACAAGGCCAUGGACUACAAGCCAGUGGCCAACGCCGGUCCCAACCAGGUCAUCACGCUGCCCCGCAACUCCGUCACGCUCUUCGGCAACCAGAGCAAGGACGACCACGAGCCGCUCGCCUACGAGUGGUCCCUCAGUCCCAACAGCAAGGGCAAGGUGGUGGAGAUGCAGGGUGUACGCACCCCCAUCCUUCAGCUGUCAGCCCUGCAAGAGGGUGACUACACCUUCCAGCUUACAGUGACCGACUCCACUGGGCAGCAGGAUACGGCUGAGGUCACUGUCAUCGUCCAGCCAGAGAAUAAUAAGCCCCCGGAGGCCAACGCAGGCCCAGAGAAGGAGCUGACCCUCCCAGUGGACCACACCACCCUGGAUGGCAGCAAGAGCAGCGAUGACCAGAAGAUCGCCACUUACCACUGGAGACAGACCAAGGGGCCAGACGGGGUGAAGAUUGAGAAUGCGGACAGUGCGGUUGCCACGGUGACAGGUCUGCAAGUGGGUGUGUAUGAGUUCACCCUGACCGUCACGGACGAGAGGAACUUGAAGAGUUCCGACACCGUCAACGUCAUCGUCCGAGAAGAGGUGGACAAACCUCCAGUUGCAAAGGUGCUGUCCAGUACCUCCGUCUCCCUCCCGGUGCGAACCGCCGUGCUGGACGGAUCUCGGUCCUCUGAUGACAAAGGAGGCAUCACCUACCUGUGGACCCGAGACGAGAGCAGCCCAGCGGCCGGGGACGUGCUCAAUAACUCUGACCACCAGGCAGUGCUGUUGCUGGGGAACCUGGUGGAGGGGAAGUACACCUUCACCCUGACCGUGACGGACAGCAAGGGUCAGAGCUCCACAGAUCACGGCAGCGUGGAGGUCAAACCAGAUAUGUGGGAGCGUGACCUGGUGGAGCUGCUGCUAGAGGUGUGUGUGUCUCAGGUGAGCCACCGCCAGCGCGAAAUGCUGCUCCGGCAGGUCGGGGUGUUACUGGGCGUGCUCGACAGUGACAUCAUCGUCAGGGAGAUAAGCGCCUACAACGAGCUCAGCACGCGCUUGGUGUUCCUGGUGUCGGGGGGCCCGGGUCGUCCACCCCUCUCUGGGCACAGCGUUGCCAUGGGUCUGCGGAACAAACUCCACAAGCAGAAGAACGACUUCCUGAUCUUCAAAGCCCGGCGGGUGGACACCGUCAUCUGCCAGCUGAACUGCUCGAACCAUGGUGAGUGUGACUCGUUCACACGGAGGUGUGUGUGCCACCCUUUCUGGAUGGAGAACUUCAUCCGCACACAACUUGGCGAUGCCGAGAGUAACUGUGAAUGGAGUGUGCUAUAUGUUACAAUAGCAGCAUUCAUGAUUGUAGUUGCCAUAGCAACACUGGUUUGGGGUAUUGUGUGUUGUUGUCGCAAGCGUAAAAGCAGAGUGCGACGGAAGAGUCGUUACAAGAUGCUGGAGGCCGACGAACAGGAUACUUUAGAGCUGCACGCACCCAGAGCUGUUCGGGUCAAGGCGGCUCCACCUCCCUCCUCCUCGGCGCUGAUGCGCUCCGACUCCGAGCUGGACAGCGACGACGGCCAGGGGGCCACGCCCUGGGCCGAGCGGGAGCGGGAGCGGGAGCGGGGCCAGCUGCUGCGGCCGCAGAACGGCACCCUGAGGAACGGCCAGGGCCCCGUCCGAGCCAAGAAGCCGCAGAGGGAGGAGCUGCUAUAGCGACGGCUGCCGUAGCCACACACGCUGGAACUCUCCCCCCCCCCCCCCCCCCCCCAACAACAGCUGACUCUGAGGGAGGGUUGGACUUUGGCGUGGUUCCUGCUGAUCCCCACCCACCCAUCCACCCACACACACCCGACCCGCCGAGCUGCACCCAACCUUUAACUCCACACACUGAGCCAGGGGCAGCUCCAGCUCCUCCAUGCCCCCAAGUCUGGGAGAUCCCUGCUCCGCCCCCUGUAACCUCAGACUGCAGAACGAGAGACCCGAGGGGAGCAGAGAGAAGCAAGAUGCUAGAAGUAGCACACAUACAUACACACAUCAACACAACACACACACACACACACACACACACACACACAUACAUACAUGCAAAACACCGCUGUACCCCAUCUGUACACGUACCUCAAGCAUGCAUACAAAAGUUCACUUCCACAAAACUGGCUGUCUCUUCAGACAAAAUCCACUGCCUUGACCCCCCCCCCCAUCACUCCAUCAACACCUACUCUUCCUUGAAGCCAGUGGCAAUAGUGCUGACACAGAACAUUGUCUUAAAAAAAAAAACUAACCACCAACAAUGUUUGUGCAUGAGAUUGAGAUUGUUUUAAAUGCAUUUACGUUUAGAGGAAAUGUCUGCAUGUGGUUAUAUACUGUGUGUGUGUGUGUGAUAUUCUGCUGUGUCUAACAGAUGACGUCUGUAUGGCCUUUUGCGGCAGUAUGUCCCACCUGUGAAUGAGGCUAAAUUGGUCAGCCCUGUGCCACUUUGAUCACCAGCAAAAUGUGUUGACCUCCAGUGAUUGAUGACCAUCCUAAGAAGAGAACUAAUCAGAGAAUAGGGGGGUAAAUGCUGUUUAGUCUUGAGACCCAACCCUACGCUUGACACUUGUUGAAUGACACUGGACUAUCACUGCCCACUUCCAGACCACAGUCUGUCCAAGAGUGAUAUGACGUGCAAACUCAAAAGGUCAAAGGGCACACCUAACCACAGACUUCUGGCUCUCAGAGAGUCAGCCCAAAUGACCACUGCUCCUUCCCCCCCUCCUCACCCUCACUGUUUUAAGCGUGGACAACCACUGUUCAUCUCAGUUUUAACUAUUUUUAGUCUCAGCCAAUCCAGUCACUUCUGAUGCACUUUUGUCCUACGUAGGUGUUUCCAUUAGGAAUCUUUCUGUGUCAGGAACACUCACUCUAGAACUGGAAUAGAAUGGAGAAUCCAUAAGGGAAUUGUUCUGUGUCUGUCUGUUUUACCUCUGUGCCAAUGGCUUUCUAACACUGCAGUACUGUUUGAUGUCCCUGUCUGUUAGGGAGCUGAGAUUUGGACCUCUGGUCCUACCCUUUGUUGGGUAGAUCAUGGAGAAGUGACCAAGAGGGAUUUGGGAAGGGAUUCAUUUGUGAAUGUAAAGAGCUGUGGCAACUUCCUCAGCAACUAGCAAGAGGGGAUACAAGUGACUGUGAACACAGGCAGAUGACAGCUAUGAUAUGAAGGGAUUCCAUUUGGAUUUUAUUGUUUCUUUUUGCGUUAUUUUUGUUUUUCUCAAGUGAAGGAUUUUCACUGUCCUGUGAUAUGAUACAACUGGAUACUGUAAAUUAAAAAUAAACUAAAAUUGUAUUUCAUUCA